AUGAUUCAGGGAAUUCUUCAGCGCCUCGCGCGCUGGCUGGACCGCCCGUUCUUCCCAUGGAAGCGUCUUGUUGUAGGCUUCUCGCUCGCCGAGUUCGCGCUCGAGAACUGGCUGCUCUUCCGCCAAUACCGCGUUCUGCAACGCACUACUGUACCCAAGGCGCUUGACAAGGAAAUUGAUAGGGCUACAUUCGAUAAAUCUCAGGAAUACGGUCGCGCAAAGGCCAAGUUCAGCUUCGUCUCCGGUCUCUUCAACCAGGUCAAAUCCCUCGCCGUCCUCUACUUCAACGUCUAUCCCAUUGUCUGGGGCGUCGCUGGUUCGCUACUCGCCCGCUAUGCCCCCGUUCGCUUCUCGGGCGACAUCCCACGAUCACUCCUGUUCAUGUACAUGCUGGGAUGGAUCGAUCUGUUUGCUGGCCUCGGUUUCUCCUACUACCACAGCUUCGUUCUAGAAGAGAAAUUCGGCUUCAACAAGAUGACGGUCAAGCUCUGGCUCACGGAUAUGGUCAAGGGUCAGGCUCUGGCGAUUGCAUUCGGCAUUCCCAUCGGAAGCGCUUUCUUGGCCAUUAUCAACAGGACGGGACAAAACUUCUUCUACUACCUCUGGGUAUUCAUGCUGGUUGUUCAGAUCUCGGCUAUGACCAUCUACCCGAUUCUCAUCGUUCCCAUGUUCAACAAACUGGAACCGCUCAAGCCCGGCAAGCUCAAGGAGUCCGUCGAGGCCCUCGCAUCGAAGCUCCAGUUUCCCCUCGCCGAGCUGCAGGUCAUUGACGGCAGCAAACGCAGCGCACACAGUAACGCCUACUUCACUGGACUUCCCUGGAUUGGCAAGAAGAAGAUUGUUAUUUAUGACACCCUGCUUGAGAAGAGCACGGAAAAGGAGGUCGAGGCUGUUUUGGCACACGAACUCGGUCACUGGCAGAUGAAUCACACAUCGCGACUUCUCUUUAUUAGCCAGGCGCAUCUAUUCUACAUGUUUGCCCUGUUCUCGGUCUUCAUCAACAACAACUCGCUGUAUGCGGACUUUGGCUUCCGCCGGGAGAGGCCGGUCAUUGUUGGAUUCAUCCUGUUCAACGAGAUCCUGUCGCCCACGGAUUCCAUCAUCAAGCUCCUCCUCAACGUUUGGACGCGCAGCAUGGAAUACGAAGCUGAUGCCUUUGCUGUAAAGCUCGGAUACGCUCGUGAGCUUGGAGCUUCGUUGAUUAAGCUCCAAAUCCAAAAUCUUUCCAGCAUGGAUGCCGACUGGUUCUACUCAAGCUUCCACCACUCGCACCCGAUCUUGACGGAACGCCUAAAGGCUAUGAACUGGACUGGCGACAAGAAGGUCACGGACAAGGCGACGGAUGAGGAGAAGCCUAUCAAGGCAGCGGACCGGGAGCUUUGA